AUGGUUAAGUCUCUUGUGAGGAGUGAACACCCAUUCAUUAACAGCGAGGAUCAGCUCUGGGAGGCGGUUCAGGUGGCGUAUGAGCGGAUGUGUGGCAGUGAUUGGCGUCAAUUUUACAUCAAUCUCUUGGAAUCAGUGCCCAAACGAAUGGAUGAAGUGAUUGAUACCGCCGGAGGUUAUACUAGAUUUUGGAAUGGGAGUCCGGGAGAGACCAUACAUUCGGUGCGUAUUUCGUGGACUAAUAUCCGGGUGUCGACUAAAACACAGAAAUCUAUGUAUAAUUGCUUUCAAACUAAGAAAAUGCCGAAAGAGAUCAUUCGUAACGUUAACGCUGGAAGUCUAUUGGCAAUUAUGGGCGCCAGUGGCUCCGGAAAGACCACUCUAUUGAAUGUAUUAACGGCAAGAAAUUUACGGCAACUAUCCGUCAAUGGAGUGGUACUCAUGAAUGGACAGGCAGUCAGUCAACAGACCAUUGCAUCCAUGUCCUCGUAUAUACAACAACACGAUUUGUUUCAACCCAUGCUUACAGUCAGAGAGCACCUCAUGUUUCAGGUAUUGUUAAGAAUGGAUAGGAAUUUGAGUAAUAAUGAGAAACAAGAUUGCAUUCAACGGGUUAUAGAUAAGUUUAAUUUAGCGAAAUGUGCGGAAACAAGGAUUGGAGACAACAAUCAUUUUAAAGGCAUUUCCGGCGGA